AAGCCAAUAAAAACAAGAAAUUAAGAACAAAAAAGCAUCUUCAAACCUUCCUCUAUAUAAACCCAUCGGCCCUCUUGUAAUCUUUCAUGUCAAAUACUGCUUCUGAGCCCCCCCUCUCUCUCUCUCUCUAUUCAUCCACGUCUCAGUUCUCUUCAACUCAAGUGCAGUUCUCCGACUUAAUACUUGUUAGUCCUAGUCUUCUCAGUUUCUGAAUUAGGAUUCAACUUUCUUGCUUGUCCAUCGUACGUGCAUGCCCUUCUCGUCUUCUUCUUGGGUCUUCCUUACUUUCCUAAUUUAUUUGGGUACGUACGUAGUCUUCUCUUGGACUCUGGGACGUAUCGGAAUUAAUUUGUCUAAAACAGCAAACAAUGAAGAACAGAGCUUCUGGCUUCUUGAAGCAGAUCAUCAGUGUGUUGAGCUCUGUGGUUAAGGCCAAAUCCUUGGCUUUGAAGAACAAGACCAGCGCCAUCAAGACACGCCUCAUAAUCUUGUCGGUGUUGAAGAAUAAGAAAAUCCUGCUGUCUUCCAUCACUCACAAGCUUCACGCUUUGGUCGGCCAACAGGACAAGAUGAAGGAAGACGCACACGAGCACGGCGACCAAAGCAGCAGCAGCAAUGCCAAUGCCAUUGUGCUCUUCAAUUCUAUGGCUAAAGAGUCGCACUCCAACCCGAGUUGCACCGAGUUGGUGAAGGUGGAGGAGAACGAAUACGAGGAGGACGAGGAGUACCCAGAUUUGACACACUCGUUGUUCGACUCCGAGGCGGAUGAGCUAGAUCUGGCAGAUCCAGGGGGAUCGGUCAUCGAUCUGGUGAGGAACUCCAAGGAAGAUGGAGAGAAUUUCAAGCUGGAAGACGAGAUUGAUCACGUUGCCGACUUGUUCAUAAGGAAAUUCCACCGACAGAUUAAAAUGCAGAAGCUGGAUUCCUUCAAGAGGUAUCAGGAGAUGCUCGAGAGAAGCGUUUGAGAGAUCAUAUAUACCGCCCAUCUCUCUCUCUCUCUCUGAACUUUGAUGACCCUGCAACCCCAUCAAUGUACUCUACCAACAUUAACAAAUUAAUUAAUUGAUGAUGAUGAUUCUGGUUGAUGAAGAAUUGAAGAUGGACGACGUCACAGGCACAGCAGCAUAAUAGCUAGCAACAGCUUAUAGCGUCCACAAGAAACACUCUCUACUCUCUUCUCUCCAUGAUUUUAACUUGGAAUUAAGAGGAAGAGAACGGGUUGGGCUAGGUGUAGCCAGACUUCUGUUUUCUCAUUAUCUGGUUUUCCAAGUUUAACUACUGGUUAGUACUAAAUUUGCGAUUAGGAAUCC